GCGGCUGCGGGAGCGGGCGGGAAGCGGCGGUGGGAGCGGGCCGUGCCGGCCGGGAUCCGCCAUGUGAGAGCCCCAGACAGCCCCAGGAAUGUUAUGCUUUUACACAAGAGACAGAACUGCUGAAAAGCCAGAGCUAGACCCAGCAAUGGACUAAUGGGGAUGUGCAGCAAAAUGGGUUGAGAGCACAGCUGCCUUAUUCUACCUUGUUUUUGCACUGUCUUCAGUUUUGCUUUGGAGAACGCUACGUAUCUAAAUGGGUGUGUCAAAUUGGCCAAGAAGAACAGACAACCUCUGGUGCGUUAUUGAGUCCCCAUGUGCUGGAGAACCUAUUCAGAAAGGAUUUUCUGUUUUCAGCCAGUGCUGGCUGAGCUGAAACUUCCUGGAUCUUGUGGAGAGCAUGUAUAAAAGGAAUGACCUCAUGGCCAAUGUGAUGGUCACCUCCGCCACUCCAGAGGGUAGUAGCAGCUCAGAUUCUCUGGAAGGGCGAAGUUCAGAUUAUGCCAAUAAAAGCUACGAUGCAGUUGUAUUUGAUGUGUUGAAAGUAACUCCUGAGGAGUUUGCUAGCCAGAUAACAUUGAUGGAUAUGCCAGUAUUUAAAGCUAUACAGCCUGAGGAACUAGCCAGCUGUGGAUGGAAUAAGAAAGAAAAACACACCCUCGCUCCAAAUAUUGUUGCCUUUACUAGGAGGUUUAACCAGAAGCUUCUGGAACUGAACAAUCUUCAUUCUCUUAUGUCUGUGGUGUCAGCACUGCAAAGUGCACCUAUCUUCAGGCUGACCAAAACUUGGGCUCUUUUGAAUCGGAAAGACAAGACCACCUUUGAGAAGUUAGACUAUUUACUGUCUAAGGAAGAUAAUUACAAAAGGAUACGAGAAUACAUCAGAAGCUUAAAAAUGGUGCCUACAAUUCCAUAUUUAGGAAUUUAUCUCUUGGAUUUAAUCUACAUUGAUUCUGCAUACCCUGCUUCAGACAGCAUAAUGGAGAAUGAACAAAGAUCCAAUCAAAUGAACAAUAUUCUCCGAAUUAUAGCUGAUCUGCAAGUAUCUUGCAACUAUGAUCAUCUCACAACACUUCCCCAUGUGCAAAAGUAUUUGAAGUCAGUCCGUUACAUUGAAGAACUCCAGAAAUUUGUAGAAGAUGACAAUUACAAAUUAUCUUUAAGAAUUGAGCCAGGUAACAGCUCUCCUCGACUGGUUUCCUCCAAAGAAGAUCUCGCAGGUCCAUCUGACAUGUCAGCAAUUAUGAAAUUCAGCAGAAGACCCACAUGUCCCGAUGCCUCAGUAGCAGCAAGUCUACCUACACCUCCUGUACCAAGGCACCGGAAGAGUCACAGCCUGGGAAACAACAUGAUGUGUCAGUUGAGCGUCGUGGAGAGCAAAAGCGCCACGUUCCCGACGGAGCGGCCGCGGCACCUGCUGGAUGACAGUGUCCUGGAGUGCCACAGCCCCGCGCGUGAGCACGCGCCCGGCACGCGCCUUGCCAACGGCCUCUCCAUAGAUAGCAGUGAAAGCUCAGAAUUUAGUGAGGAGCUGCCGUCAGGGCUUGAAAGGGGUCGUUUAUAUGCCACACUGGGGCCUAACUGGAGGGUACCGAUACGGAAUUCUCCUCGGAGUCGCAGCUGUAUCUACAGAGGAAUGCUUUGUCUCUCCAGCCCAGCGGGUGUCUGCAGCUGCACAGCAGGAGGUUCCACAGGAGUCAUUACCAUGGAAGGGCCUUUGAGAAGAAAAACACUGCUCAAAGAAGGCAAGAAACCUACUCUCUCCUCGUGGACUAGAUACUGGGUCAUGCUUUCAGGAUCAACUCUUCUUUACUUUGGAGCAAAAGCUUUAAGAGGCACUGAAAGAAAACAUUAUAAAUCUACACCUGGGAAAAAAGUCUCCAUUGUGGGCUGGAUGGUGGCGCUGCCUGAUGACCCAGAGCAUCCUGAUAUUUUCCAGCUAAAUAACCCUGACAAAGGCAAUGUUUACAAGUUUCAGACUGGUUCAAGGUUUCAUGCAAUAUUAUGGCAUAAACAUUUGGAUGACGCGUGCAAAAGCAACAAGCCUCAGGUACCUGCUAAUCUAAUGUCAUUCGAAUAAUUUCCUCUCCUACCUGGUGUGACUUCCAAGUGCCAAACUGAAGAAACAGGUUAUUCUCUAAGGAGGAGGAGGGGAAUGGUUUUCCUGACACAAGCCAGCCACAGAUAUUUCAGCACUUUUCUGUGUAACUUGAAAGUGAUUCUGACACAGCUUUCAAAAGCAGAAAGUGAAUGUUGUCCCUAGGACCAGAUAAAGUCUCAUGCACUGCAUGAAAGCAGACAACUUAGAUGGACAGAAGAUUAAUCCUGACUCCUGCAGGAUUCUGAGGACUCAACUAUUUGUGGUCAGAGACUGCAUGAACUGAUAUUUGCCCACAAACUGAGCAUCAUAUGUUCUGCAUAUUCUUUUUUAGAUGGUCCUUUUUAUUGUUAAGCUGCUUUGUGUGACUGAAGAAUAUUUGGCCCAUGUUGGGUUUCAAUUCUUUCUAAUGCACAACGAUUGACAGUGUUAACUUGCUCCAAAGUGUCAAUUAGAAUAGAAAAUUGUGGAAUAACAUUUUUAUAGUCUAAGUGCACUGAGUUGCUUGGCAAUGUGGCUGCCUCAAAUUUUCUGUCAAAUCUCUGGACAAUUCUGCUGUUCAUAUUUGAGCUAUUUGGGAAAAAUGUAUUUUGGCAUAGGACAGUUUGUUUCCUUUUUCAUUCGGUUAUUUUGCUCAGGAAUACCCUGGUAAUGGAAUUAAGGUUGUUUAAAUUUAUGUUGUGCUGAAGUUUGUCUUUCAUUCUUUUACUGGUGGCAUAGUUGGUUAUAAAUUUGGUGUUUUGGUUCAAUCUGAAUAUUGUUCAUUUCAAGUCCCAUAGCACAGGGAAGAAGGUAAUCAGGUGUUAUGACUCCAUAUCAUUGUUCCUGUUCUGUUCUGUCCUUCCGUGGAAUCGGCUCCACUCAAUUCCAGUACGUGUUGCAACUUCAGGACACUAGUACUGGCAGAUGAUACUGCUAUUAUAAAAUCAUGGUGGCAGGGAAAGACUGUCUUAACAGUGGAGCAAGUACAAAGAAGUCUCCACAUCAAUAUCCAGAGAACAAAUUAACAAACAAAAGAAGUGUUAACUGGGCCUUCUCCUCUGAAGGAGCUCUCUGCUGUAUUCCUGCUGUGCCCUGGCACUCCUGCAGUCAGAAUCUUUUUCUGUUCAUAUGUUAAAUUCAUCAGUUUUUCUGUUUGAAACUCUUUUGCCAUAUAGCAUCAUUAUUCAGACUUCAUCAAUCACCAAAAAACCUCUUCUGAGUUUCCUGAGAUUGCAUAGAGGAGAAAUUGGCAAGUCAGCCUCUAGCUUACAAAGCAGGACCACCGUGGAAGUCAGUGUAAGUGAGCAGAAGCUCCACUAGAACAAGCUCCCUUGCAUUAGCGGUAUGUAUCUUGUGGACUUCCAUGAUAUUCUAUAUUUUUAUUUUGAAACUUCUCUAACAACAAGGAGAAGAAAAUACCUGGAUUGUUAAAUGUCAAAAGUAAGUUUUCUGUACUUUUAAGAGUUCGUGUUACAAUCCUGAAAGCCUAAUACAUACCAGCUUUUCAAGAAAACCAUUUCCUGAUGACAGCUGCGUUUAGAUCCUGGGACAUGGGAAAGUGUAUGUAAAGCUGAUAACUGAGGAACUGUGUGAAGAGUGGUAAUGCAAAAUAUAUUUGUAUCAUUUUUCUCUUUUUUUGCUAUUUGAAGACAACUUUGAACUAGGAAAAACGUGGCUAUCUGCAAGGGCAAAGUAUCUAAUGCCACUAGAGAUGCUGUAGAAACUUUUAAAUGUGGUAAUAUCCUGCCACCAGUAAAUGACUUCAGACUCUUAGACUGUGAUAUAGUCUGAAUUAAUUCUGCACCAGUAGAUUUUUGUGAUUCGUCAUCAAUGAGAUUAAACAGCUUUUCAUUGUAGCACAGUUGUGAAAUUGCUGCACAGUAUCGAGAAAUUCGGAUUGAUGGCAGUGAAAAAGUACUGAUGGCAGUGAAAGAAUACUAGUAAAACAUCUUAAACCAAAUUUAAAUUAGUCUUUAAGUAUUAAACAGUUUGUAGCUGCUGAUUAGAGGUGUUAUGAUGCUGUUUGGUACCAUUCGCUAUUACCUGGUACUUCUAUGGUUAAUUGAAAGCUGCUAUUGAAAUACAGUACGUUGCCUAUCACCACUGAUUUUUACAGCAUUUUCACAAAAAAUACCACAAACCAUACAAGUUUUCCUCCAUCAAAGAGAACAACUGCAACCGUUAUGUAAACAUUAUGUCAUAAUUACUAUUUUCAGAACUGUGAAGAUAUAACAACUAUAGGUAAUAAUAUUGGUUUAUUAAAUGUGCAGUUUUGAUGUAAUUCAGUGCCAAAAUGCAUGUUUUUCCAAAUAGCACUAAAAUGAGGCAAAGAAACUGGUUUUCAAAUUGAGACUGACUUGUCACAUUUUAAUGUUAAUCAAUUUCAACAUUUUGGUUUGUUUUGUGUGGAAACUGUUGCACUAUUUUUGGCUGUGUUUUCCAGCAGUCCACUGCAUGCCAUUUGUGUAAAGGAUUCUUUCUAUAAUUCUUGUGAACUGUCUCACCUGUAAGAACUCUGGCAUUGGAAUCUAGGUUUUUGGCGAAGUAUUUUGUUACCUCAGUCUUGUAUCAAGUUGCUGCAUUUUUCAGUUUGAUACAUUGAUAAUAAUGAUUGUUUUGCUAAUUAAAUACUUUAAUGUAAAAAAAGUUUGUUUACUACAACAGUUAAUAGCAUUUGGUUGUAAGUUUGAAAAUGUGCAGGGUAUGUAUGCUGUUGACAAUAAAAUAUU